GGUGAGCAGUAUAGUGUUUUUAUCUUCUGGAAUUUCCCCAGAGGAAACAUACUGUGCUGUGUUUGACCAAGUUUUAAAAGUAAGAUUUUUCUUAUAAGUGUAGGUAGAAUAAACUGGACAAAAGUAAGUUGUGUAGUACAAGUAGAUGUACUUGAGUCGGCGUGGCUUGUUUAAUUUAAUACUGAAAGAAAUGAUGGUCCUUUUUUAAAUCCAGAACUUGUGUUUAAAAAAAGAAUUCUGGCCAUGAUAUUCCACAUCUUUUUGUUCAGUAAAUGUACACUUUUUGAACAGUUGAGAGUGAAGUCGCAUAUACUCCUCUGGCUUUGCUGAAAUAGUAGAAAAUGGCCAGAGAUCCUCGUCUCAUCCCAUCAUCGCCAUCAACAACAUCACCUCUGUUGUUAUUAUUUCACUAACGUCACCACCAUUAGCAUCUGAGACUAUUGCCACAAAAACCAUUUGUUUUUUAAAGGUAUAUUUGUGUCAUGUGUCUCUUAAAAUUGUCUGUUUAUUACAUUUAUGCGCAAUGCUUCUGGCGCACAUAUUUCCUCUGACCAGCAUCUGACAUCAAAGUGAAAAAGGUAUCUGAGCGAGGAGAUCUGCCACAUGGAAUCCACCCUUUUGUUGGUCCUUACAGUUCCAAGAGAUAGUUGUGCCAAGUGGAAGAUCAAUACUCUCAAUUCAGUUUCAGUUUCAAUUUCUUUUUGAUUUUAGGUUCUGUUUAUGCCAUGGGUUCCGAGAAAUAAAAGAAGCCCUGAUUCUGAAAGAUGGAUCAAUAAAAGUGAAUUAUGGAGAUUUCAGCUAAAAGCAUAAUUAGAUCAUACCACUGGUCAGGAGAAACUGGAUGAGAGAAUGGGCUAUUGAUGUAUGAUUUGUAGACCUUUGGAAAACCAAAGAUUUUUCGCUCUAGAGUGAUUCAAUUCCGAGUCUGACCUGGUUGACACUAAGAAGUCAGCAGCAUGUCCCCGAUCACCACUGCAGCUCCGCCCUCUCUCGUGAAAUUGGUACCUGAGCUGGGCCAAAGCAAUGUGAGAAUGAAAGAUCCAGCCUUUGUAGAAACUGCAAUCAGGACCAUGAUGAGGGAUGCCCAUCAUAAACUACAGGUUGUGGCCGACUUCGACCGCACCUUGUCAAAAUACUGUGAAAAUGGUAGAAUAUGCAGCACCACUCACAGUGUGCUGGAGGAAAGCAAGUUCAUGCCAGACUUUUACAAAGAGGAGGCUAAAAAACUGAAAGACACAUACAUGCCUAUUGAGUUCGACCCUACUAAAACAGUAGCCGAAAAAAUACCGAAGAUGAUUGAAUGGUGGACAAAAGGUCACAAGGUUCUAGAGGCUUGUCAGCUUACUCGGGAUACUCUGCAACACAUUGUGGCGGACUCGCAUGCCAGGUUAAGAAACGGUUGUCAAUGGUUCUUUGACAAGCUGCAUCAGCUCGAGAUCCCCAUUCUGAUAUUUUCUGCGGGUAUCGGAGAUGUCAUCCAUGAAACGAUCACACAGCAGUCCAGUUUCCAUUCAGAAAACAUGAAGAUAGUUGCAAACUUUCUCCAGUUUGACGAAAUGGGAAAGAUGACUGGCUUUGCGGGUGACGAGAUCAUCCAUACCUUCAACAAAAAUGAGAAUGCCAUCCACUCCAGCGAUUACUUCUUCAACAUUAAGCAUCGGGAAAAUCUCCUGCUCAUGGGUGACUCCCUUGGUGAUCUCAAAAUGGCGGAAGGAGCAGACCAUGUAGAAUGCUUCCUCAAGAUAGGAUUCCUCAAUUUUAAGGUGGAGGAAAACUUGCCUCAGUACAGCCAGAGUUUUGAUAUUGUCAUCCUUGAGGAUGAGAGUCUGGAUGUGGUCAACGGAAUGAUGAGAGCUAUACUUGAUCUGUCAUCUUAGGUUUUAUGAAAAAUAUUAGGCUGUUUUUCGUUGGGUUUUUUGUUGUUGUUGUCUUUUUUCUGUCUCUUGUGGAAGCUGAGUUGUGUGUUAUUUGAUGUUUGUUUGUUCCCUUCUCCCUCUCCCACCUUAUGAAUAUACAUACUACUCCGUUUUUAUUUUCUUUUUAGAUUUGAUUUUUAAAAUAUCUUUUCAGUUCAGUAGAAACGUACCUAACUGCAUUUUUAUAUUUUAUUAUCUUUACGAUGUCAUUUACAACAGUAUCAUUCAGUCUGUUUAUAAUUGGUACGGGUAGUCUAUUUCUGGUUUAGCUUAUUAAAACGUUGCUUAAAAUGAUUUUUUUUUAACAAAUGCUGUUCCAGCUGUAAACUACAAUAUGAAAUAAUACUCAUCGUAGAAAGUGGUAUUACAUUUUUGGGGGGUCAAACGUGUUGCAGGGUUGCAGUUUUGAUAAACCAGUAUUCAAGAGUUGCCAAUCCAUCUGUGUAUACAAAUUCAAUAACGUUUACAUCGCAAGCAGUCCUGCUGGCUAAACUGAGAGCUGACGAAGCUAGAUAUGCGUCACGACGUGGUGGAAUCAGGCGCUCAUCAAUUUUUGGACGUAUGAGGUCAUUUGUAUCAUUUUUAAGCCUGUUCAUUCGCCUUCCUUUUGGUGAAAAAAA